AUGUCCACUCCGGAUCUGUAUCGUUGCCGCCUCUGCUCCGUCCUUCCCGCCGUCGAGAACGAGACCUCUAGAUCUGCCGCUGGGUUCGCCGUGUAUCCUGGUUUUUCUGUCUUGAGGAACGUCAUCAAGUCAGAUGAAGAAGCAAAGGUGUCUCUGCCGCUGUCGAGAGUUUAUCCUAAAUUUUGUCCGCUUCUCACCAUUCGGUUCCGCCCAGGUCGUCCGCUUGAUGCUCUAGCUGGUCGAUUGCUCAGCCCAGUUCCGUAUCUUUUAUUAAACGGAGUCAACCGUUGCGGGCUUGGAGACAGCGCAGGAGGAACUCAUGGGAAGAUAGAGUCCAACUGUCCAGUCUUAUCUGGGAAGAACUUCACUUACAUUCUUAAAUUCAAUGACCAAAUUGGGGAUUUCCUCUACUUCCCAUCUCCCGGUUUCUACAAGGUCUUGAAGGAAAUAAUCAAAGAGGAUAUUAGAGCACAAAUCCCGGCAGGCGGCCAUGCCCAUCCUUACGCCAUACCGCUGAGCUUUUCCAAGUUUCCUGGUCUUCGUCGUUCCUCACACACGCCACCGCAUCUGUUGGCACACGCCACCAACCAUGAAUCGUACUGCCCUAGCUUGCUCCAUUCUCGCCUAAGGUCAGCUUUGGCUGAUGAACGCGAUGUUGUCGCCUUGGGUCAAGGUCAUGUGUUGGUGGCCGAUGAACACUCGGACGACGGCGAGUUUGAAAACAGAGAGGAAAACGAGGUUGGGGAUGACGGCGGUGAUGAACAAGGAACGACGACGGCUGCGCCACGUUUUAGUCCUCCAUUUUCUUGGUUGUUUGCUUCUUCUCCCUUGCCUGCUCCCACGUUUCCUCCCAUGUACGCGUUUCUGCCUACAGGAUAA